GAGCCAAGCCGACGAAUGCUCACCUCAGCCAGCUCAGCCCAUGUUGGCGCCAAGCAACUCCCGAGGUCGGUUGGCAACGCCCUCCUGACGGGACCACCGGGUUACAGAUUUCACAUUGUCCAGUGCCCUCCGGCCCUGGGUGGUCCGGCAUUCAACUGUCGUCUGUCUGCAGAGCACCAAAGCCAUGACAACCACUGA